AUGGUGUGUCGCAGUCUCUCAGGAACAUCCGUAAAGGCGGACGAGCGUGCUCCUGAAGCACCUGGCCUUGUCGAGCUGUACGCCGCAGGAGAUGCUGCGAAGACGACGUUGCUCAUACCAUUCAGACCAUCGUAUCACACUGUUCUGAUCUUCAGCGGGACUGACAAGCCAGGACGGAUUGCAGCGCUACCCUUCGAAGCUCAUUCUCAUGGUCGUCAUCUACAACCAUGGCGUGGCUUCACUCCCGGUCCUCGAUGGCGCGGACGUGACCGUCGUCGAUCGCCAACAGCACGCACACGAGGGCAUCGGGUUGGAACGAACGAAUUCAUGGUCGUCAUCGCUUGGCCGGAUAGUUUCCUUGGCGGCAUAACAUACGGCCUGGAAGGAGCGAAGACGCGAAGGUACCUCGCCGGAGUCUUCGGCGCGCUUGUAGAUGCUUCCGCAAAGUAG